AUGAGUAAAAGCAAAUGCCCGGCAGGAUCCAUGUCUUCUGCCGUGGCCCCAGCUAAGGAGCACAACGCCAUAAGCCUGAAGGAGGUGGAGCUCAUCCUGCUGAAAGAGCAGAAUGGGGUGCAGCUCACCAACUCCACUCUCAUCAGCCCGCCACAGACUGCUGCGGAGACCCAGGAGCGGGAGACCUGGAGCAAGAAAAUUGACUUUCUCCUCUCAGUCAUAGGCUUUGCGGUGGACCUGGCCAACGUCUGGCGGUUUCCCUACCUGUGCUACAAAAACGGCGGUGGUGCCUUCCUGGUCCCCUACCUGCUCUUCAUGGUCAUUGCCGGGAUGCCACUUUUCUACAUGGAGCUGGCCCUUGGGCAGUUCAAUAGGGAAGGGGCUGCUGGCGUCUGGAAGAUCUGCCCCAUACUGAAAGGUGUGGGCUUCACGGUCAUCCUCAUCUCGCUGUACGUGGGCUUCUUCUACAACGUCAUUAUCGCCUGGGCGCUGCACUACCUCUUCUCCUCCUUUGCUGCGGAGCUGCCCUGGACCCACUGUAACAACACCUGGAACAGCCCAGCCUGCUCAGAUGCACACCUCGGCAACGCCAGCGGUGACCCGGGCCUCAACAGCACCUUUGGGACCACGCCUGCCGCCGAGUACUUUGAGCGCGGUGUGCUGCAUGUCCACCAAAGCCACGGCAUUGACGACCUAGGCCCUCCGCGGUGGCAGCUCACAGCCUGCCUGGUGCUGGUCAUCGUCCUUCUCUACUUCAGCCUGUGGAAGGGAGUGAAGACCUCGGGGAAGGUUGUGUGGAUCACGGCCACCAUGCCAUACGUGGUGCUCACUGCCCUGCUACUGCGUGGGGUCACCCUCCCUGGGGCCAUCGAUGGCAUCAGAGCAUACCUGAGUGUGGACUUCCAUCGGCUCUGCGAGGCGUCUGUCUGGAUUGAUGCUGCCACCCAGGUUUGCUUCUCACUGGGUGUCGGGUUUGGGGUGCUGAUCGCCUUCUCCAGUUACAACAAGUUCACCAACAACUGCUACAGAGACGCGCUUGUCACCACCUCCAUCAAUUCCCUGACGAGCUUCUCCUCCGGCUUCGUGGUCUUCUCUUUCCUGGGGUACAUGGCGCAGAAGCAUAGUGUACCCAUUGGGGAUGUGGCCAAGGAUGGUCCAGGGCUGAUCUUCGUCAUCUACCCAGAGGCCAUCGCCACACUGCCGCUGUCCUCAGCCUGGGCUGUGGUUUUCUUCAUCAUGCUGCUGACCCUGGGCAUCGACAGUGCCAUGGGCGGAAUGGAGUCGGUGAUCACCGGGCUCGUGGAUGAAUUCCAGCUGCUGCACAGACACCGGGAGCUCUUCACGCUCUUCAUCGUCCUGGCAACCUUCCUCCUCUCCCUGUUCUGUGUCACCAAUGGGGGCAUCUAUGUCUUCACACUCCUGGACCACUUCGCGGCCGGCACGUCCAUCCUCUUUGGGGUGCUCAUCGAAGCCAUUGGGGUGGCCUGGUUCUAUGGUGUCAGGCAGUUCAGCGAUGACAUCAAGCAGAUGACGGGGCAGCGGCCCAGCCUGUACUGGCGGCUGUGCUGGAAGCUGGUCAGCCCCUGCUUCCUCCUGUUCGUAGUCGUGGUCAGCAUCGUGACCUUCAGGCCCCCCCACUAUGGUGCCUACAUCUUCCCUGACUGGGCCAACGCACUGGGCUGGAUCAUCGCCACGUCCUCCAUGGCAAUGGUGCCCAUCUAUGCAGCCUACAAGUUCUGCAGCUUGCCCGGGUCCUUCAGAGAGAAAUUGGCCUAUGCCAUCACGCCCGAGAAGGACCGAGAGCUGGUGGACCAAGGGGAGGUGCGCCAGUUUACGCUCCGCCAUUGGCUUGUGGUGUAG